UGUCUUACCUGUGGCAGACGACUGUGGGUGCCAAGGUCAGAGGUCAAAAGGUCCCUACAUUUCAGACAGGGAUGCCAUUUGUGGAGCACUACCUCCAAACUCUGGUUUGCAUUCAAAGGACGACGGGCUUCUUCUGAAACGGCCGCUCUCAUCUGCAUUUGUGCACCGACUGCAUAAAUAUAUGAGAGCAGCCGGGAGGUGCUCAGUGCUGCGAAGCUGCUCAUUAGAGAGAGAGAGAGAGAGAGAGAGAGAGGACACCAGCAGGAAAACAAGACGCCUGAACGGAGGAAAGCCACAGUUAAAACCUCAUUUUAUUUAGGAUAGAAGAUCAAUUUGUACAGGAACAGCCUGGACAGCGGGGACUAAAAAAAAAAGGGACUAAAGAUUUUAGUUUAAGUGGUGCAGGGCUGUCUGAAAGAUGUUCUUCCUGUUCUUGCUGUGCUUAUGUGGUCUCCCGCUGCGAGGUGAUGCCCAGGACCGAGCCGCUCUGUGGAAGGGGAACGACCGCAGUGGGCGAUGCCACUACACCUUUACCGUGCCCAGUCCCAUGGAGGCCACCUGCCCACAGGCCGGAGGUCCAGAGGUGGAGGGCCUUAAGACCAGACUCAGCGUGCUGGAGGCGCUGGUGGCCCAGCUCAGCGGGAAGGACGUUCAGCCACGGGGCGGUCACCAGGGGGCCGGCGCCGGACCCCAGCCCGAGCUCCAGGAGGCGCUCAGCCGAGCGGUGGGAGAGAGGAACCUGCUGCAAGGGGAGAAGGAGAGACUGGAGAGGGAGCUGGAGACGCUUAAGCUCAGGAUGGAGGAGAUGAGGAGGGAGACGGAGAGGCUGAGGAGCAGACCGUGUCUUGCUCAGAGCCCAGCGGUAGCCCCCAGCUCCACUCAGCAAGGCUGGGACAGAGCCAGACCUGCUGCUGGCUCCAACCAGAUGUCCCACCUCAUGACGAGGCCCAACAGGCAGGGCGACAGCAGCAACCUGAGAGAUUCAGCCUGGCAGUACGGAGCCCUGGGCUUUCAGGAACUGAAGGCUGAGGUGACCGAGGUGCCUGCGCCUGACACCAACGUCGACGACACAGGAUGCGGGGAGCUGAUUUCCGUGGGCGAGCCGAUCACUCACAGGAAGGCCGACAACAUUGCCGGCAAAUACGGCGUCUGGAUGCAGGACCCUGAGGCCGUCUCGCCCUAUGGACCCGACAUGGUGUGGCGCAUCGAUACGAUCGGCACCGAGGUCAGGCAGCUGUACGGGUACGACGACAUGGAGCAGCUCUCCAAAGGCUUCCCCUCCAAGGUGCUGCUGCUGCCGGACCCCAUGGAGAGCACUGGAGCCACCGUGUACCGAGGCUCCCUGUACUACCAGAGACGGCUGAGUCGCACUCUGAUCCGCUACGAUCUGGCGGCCGAGCACGUGGCAGCCCGCCGGGAGCUCCCCCACGCCGGCUUCCACGGCCAGUACCCCUACUCCUGGGGGGGCUACACAGACAUCGACCUGUCCGUGGACGAGAAGGGGCUGUGGGCCGUCUACUCCACCAGCAAGGCUCAGGGAGCCAUCGUGAUCUCCAAGCUGGAUCCGCACAGCCUGGAGGUGAAGAGGAGCUGGGAGACGAGCAUCAGGAAGGCGUCCGUGGCCAACUCCUUCAUGAUCUGCGGCAAGCUUUACACCGUGGCCAGCUACGCCGCCCGCGACACCACCGUCAACCGCGUGUACGACACGGCAACGGGCCAAGGGAAGGCCGUGUCCAUCCCCUUCAAGAACAAGUACGGCUACAACAGCAUGAUCGACUACAGCUUGGCCCAGAGGAAGCUGUUUGCCUGGGACAACUUCCACCUAGUGUCCUACGACCUGAGGCUGGGUCGUCAGCAGGCCAACUGAGACCAGGCUUUGCUCACCUGUUCCUGCUUUAAAGACUCACGGUUUUAGACCAGAAUAUGAGCGGCAGCAGCAGAUUUAUGGAAAACCAAAAGGCCCACAAUGAGUUUCCCACCUGUCUGUUAAAGAAAAUACAUCAAAAAUAAGUUUUAAUAAGCACAAAUGACUUAAAAUGGAAGAAAAUCUCUAUACUGUUUCUUUUGUUACUCUGAAAGUGGUACUCAAAACUCUGUUUUAGAAUAGUUUUUGCCAUCGUUUACGGCAUCCUGACUUACCAUCCAGUGAUUUUUAUAUAAUCUAUGGACGCGGGUGGGAGGAAUUGUGGCCCUUUUGUCUUUCCGUAGAGGCCAACACCACCAGGUCACCUGUAGGGAAAUCGCCACACUCCAAGAAACAUUGGAGGAACGGUGACGCCUGCAGAUCCGCUUUCCCUUUAUUUUAGUUUUUUUAGCUGUGGCGUGGUCCACAGUUCAUUUUUCCAGAGGAAUUAUUUUUGUACCGCCUUUAAUCCAUGUGUGUGUUACGUUGUUUUCCAUGUUAAGCUAUAUAUAUUUGGGAGUUAAACCAUGGGUCAGUUUAACCAGAAAGCAUUUCGUUCAGUAGCCCAUGACACAAACACCUGCAGUGAUUAAACGCCACCGGCUUUGUGACUAAAAUUGCUCCCAUACACCAAUGUAUUGAAUAUUGUAUUUGCACAAUGUAGACAACAAGAUCAUCAUGAAAUAAAUGAUUAAUGACA